UAUAGUACAAAUAAGUUGGUACCCCCUUUUUGCGUGCUCAAGGCACUUUGCCCCUAGGCGCUCCUUGCUAGGUCUCUUACCUCCGUACUACCCGUUCCGUCAACGGUCACCAAGUGCUGCCACACCCAACGAAGCUAGCCGCUCGAAGCCAAGAGGUCUAAUAUGCCGGUCUCCUUAAUACUCGAGCCGGCCGGUUUCGCCGUGCCUCCCGGACCCGCCGUAAUCUACGUCAGGAUCGACGGAGAGGCGCUCUCCAACAUCUUGAUUCCUCCAUGAGCCGCCUCUUGGACUCCGACCGCUUUUCGGCUGUUUCUAGCAGGGGGAAAGGCGCUAUCGAGUACGUCCGGCACCAGCUAAGAGAUAUCCUCUUUGGCGACGACAUUGCACCCUCUGUUACCCGACAUGGAUACCGCAUCCUGAUUUUGCAGUCACAUGCGGAUCCGAUCCACUCCUUCAAACCAACUCUCGUGGAACUGACAUCUGAGUCGCAGCCCAUCGACAACCAUCUCAGAUUCCACGCUAUGCAGGUUACUAAUGAGCAGUACAAGCUGCCAUCCUUCAUGACACCUUUGCUGGCAGUGUUUCACGUAGAGUGGCAGAUAAAAACAACGGCUAUCAACACCUACAUCCUACAAGAUGAGAAGAUUGAUCCUCCCGAGGAAAUGACCAGCACUUUAGCUUGA